AUGUCACAUAGAUCCCUAUAUAAAGGUAAAAAAUCUGAUAUAGAUGGAGGAAUAUUAUCAAAUUCAUCUUCUAGAGCUCAAUCACGAUCAAGAACUCCAAUGAGAUCAGACGAUUCAGAUUAUGAAAGUGAUUAUGAAGAAGGUGAAUUAUUGAAAAUAGAAGAGAUAUUAAGAGAGAAAUUAUCUAGUUUAAAUACACAGGAUAUGGGAGAAAUUGGGAAAGAAGAUAGAAUAAGUUCUGGUGAUAGAAGACAAUUUGAAGCUCAUCAAUUAAGUAAUAAAAGAAUACAAGAAAAUUCAAAUAUUAAAGAUAUUAUCACUUCUCUAACUUUUUCAAGAAGUGAUAUUAGUUCACAAUCUAGAGAAUUAUUAUUGACUCAACUUUAUAAGUUAAUUAUUUCAAAACCUUUGGUGGUGUAUAAUGAAGAAAAUAUUGGGAAUAAACAAAAUUAUAUUGAUGAGGAAACUGUAUCUAUAUUAAUAAAUCAAUUUACAAAUUCUAAUUAUAGAAGUGAUUUAGAAUUUUUAUAUUUAUUUAAAUCAGUUAUAGCAUUAAUAUGUUCAGAUAUUGAAGAAUUUGGAGUAUUAAUUUCAAAUGAUUUUUUAGGUCAUAUUCAACAUUUAAUUCAAGAACCUGUAAAUAGUAUAAUAACAGCAGAAAAUAAAUCAAAUAUCAUAAUAGGAUAUACUGUAUUAACGUUGAUUUUAUAUAAUGAUUCUUCAAGUUUUGGAAUUGAUGAAAAAAUUUUAUUAUUAAUGGAAAUAUCUGAAGGUUAUAGUGCAAGUGCAACAACUUUACAAAAACAAAUAGAAUCUGGAGAUAGAGAACAUGCUACUUUUAUAACUGAUAAAAAUUUAGAUAAGAGAUUAAUAAAUGAAGCUAAUUCAAAAGUUUUAGCUGAAGCAUCAGUUGCAACUUCUGCAUUAAAUGGAGUAGGUUGUUUAAUAACAUUAAUGAAAAAAGGGGAAUAUUUAAAUGAAAUAAUGGAAGAUUUAAUGAUUAGAUUAAUACCACUUUUGGAUAAUGAUGAAAAUAGAGAUAUUGCAAAAGCUGCUGGGAAAGUUAUAGCAAUAAUUUAUGAAUUAUAUGAUUAUGGAGGAGAUGAUAAAACUGAAAUUAAUGAAGAAGCAGAUGAUGAUGAAGAGUAUAAUUUAAAUUCUCCAUAUUAUGAACAAGAAUCAUUAAACACAAUAUUAACUAGAUUAAUAAAUUUAUCUUCAAAAAAAGUUUCCAAAAAGGAUAAAAAGGAAAUAAGUUCAAUAUUUAGAAAUAUUUUAAAUACAAUCAAAAUUUAUACAAAUACUCUAGAAAGAGAUCAAAUAUACAAACGUACAAAAGAAGGAAUAGAAUUAUCACAACAAAUAAUAGACACAUCAUAUAUAAAAUUAUCAAAAUAUAAACUAAUCAAAAUUAAUUCAUGGUAUUUAUACAUAAGAUUAAGACAUAUCAAAUGGUUAUUUUCAUUUGGAUUACAUUCACAAUUAGUAAACAACGAAUCAGUACGUGAUGUAUUAAAAGAACCAGAAAAUGAAUAUUCAUACGGGUCCACCACCAAUAAUUAUGAUUAUUUUGAUAAUGAUGAUGAUGAAGAAUUUAAUCAAUAUCAUCAUACUUUAAAUAGUAUUAAUGAUAAACAAAGAAGUUUUAAACGUAAAAAGGAAAGAACUGCUAAAAUGGAUGAACAAUUGGAGAAUUUAAAUUUAAAAGAUUAA